AUGGCUAUGCUGACGACCACCGUGUCUAAUUUUCCAGCUUCUCCGACCCUGCGUCCGACGGAUGCCACGAGCUCAGUUGCUACUGAAAUAGACACCUGUGUCCGCUAUGUCACCGAAAUUCUGCUGGCCCUUUCUUCUGUAACGUCUACUCGUGCGGUGUCGAGGAUCGCAUCCAGGGAUGUUGUAUCCUUAGAAAGCACUCCAGUGAAGGCCCGAUCAGAGAGCUUGUCCCCCAAAGAUACCUCUCCAAAAACCGAAUCGACCCCGCUGCCAGCGUCGAUAUCGUCUUCACCAGCACAACCAUUGAUGCCUGCUCUGAUACGCACCCCUGUCGAAAGUGGGCCCCGGCCAUCCACACCUUCCUAUCUCGCUCAAGCGGCAGCGUAUUUUCCGCCUGCCCGAAAUCCAAACCGACAGAGCCACAUUUUCCGGGUCCCUCGUCUAUACGGUCUCUUUCUCCAACUCCUCGCAACCCUUCCUAGUGAUUUGGAGGUUAUUGUUUCAUCUCGCUUGUUCGAGACCUUCCAGACCAUUUGCUUGCCACCACGGAUGAAUGAUCUCCAACCUCAUGCCCCUCCGUCUCAGGACACACCUAAGCGCCCCACCUAUCGAAAUACACGUAACACGAUAUCUAGGCCUUCUUCGUCCUCAUCCCAUUGUCCAACAAGGCUGGGGUUUGAGCCCCAGCUGAGGUCGCGGAGGAGCUCGCGAGCGCUCCCUGCAUUGUUCUCGUCGUUCCCUUCCUCAUCCAGCUCGGAGCGAGACUAUGACAAAAUCCCAGGCUUCAUUUCAUCCACUCAUCCAUCGUCGACCAAUCCAUCAUGGACCCCAUUGAUGCCCAAGGAUGAAUGUUCCCCAGGCGCGAAUCUCAGUGUAACCAGAUUUGAACCGACUGUUUGGGGUCGUCGGCCAUCCGGUCGCAGACCACCGCCGAGUAUAAAGGGGAAAGUAGGACGACUACGCCACGGAAGGGCCUUCUGGGAUCCUCUCGCCAUGUGGCGUGUUGACCUCCGGCGUUCGAAGCCUUUUGCCCCGGAUUUUCAGUCGACGACGGAAUAUCUGCUGCCUAACUUCCUAGUAUUUAGCCUGGGUGCUACCGGAAAACUGUACCUUGGGUUGUCAAGUGACAUCAUUCCUGAAUGCUCGCCGUCUCUAGAACACCAGAAAGUUUCGGACAGUGGAAUUGAUGCUCUGGGACCAACGGUCAUUAAUCGCCGGGUGCAUCAUGGAUCUAGACACAGUGACGUAGAACCGAAUGCGGGGGGUGUUAAGUGUGAGGAGAGGCUAUGGCGAAGCAUGGCGCGUCUCUUGCAGAUACGUUAA